ACUGUAGUUCAUUGGUUAUCCACGGUCACUUCCGGAUGGUACACUUCCGGGAAAAGCGUAAACAAUUGUAGCCUGUUUACGUUGCUCCCGAGAAAUACGAUAAAUACUUUGUUUUAGACAUUAGACAACUAUCCAGUCCAACGACGAAAUGUUUUCCUUUCACGUAUUUGACCACCCCAUGGCCCGGGGCUUUCAGAAUCGUUUUUCCACUCAGUACCGCUGCUACUCCGUGUCUAUGUUGGCAGGUCCCAAUGACCGCUCCGACGUGGAAAAAGGAGGAAAAAUUAUAAUGCCCCCAUCGGCUCUUGAUCAGCUCAGCAGGCUUAACAUCACCUACCCAAUGCUCUUCAAACUGACCAACAAGAACUCGGACAGAAUGACACACUGUGGUGUUUUGGAGUUUGUGGCAGACGAGGGUAUCUGUUAUCUUCCUCACUGGAUGAUGCAGAAUCUCCUGCUGGAGGAAGGUGGUCUUGUACAGGUGGAGAGUGUAAACCUCAUGGUGGCCACUUACUCAAAAUUUCAACCCCAGAGCCCUGACUUCCUUGACAUCACAAACCCCAAAGCUGUGCUGGAAAAUGCCCUCAGAAACUUUGCCUGCUUGACAACUGGAGAUGUAAUUGCAAUCAAUUAUAAUGAAAAAAUUUAUGAGCUACGGGUAAUGGAGACCAAGCCAGAUAAAGCAGUAUCAAUUAUUGAAUGUGACAUGAAUGUGGAUUUUGAUGCUCCUUUGGGCUACAAAGAGCCUGAAAGAAGAUCUCAGCACCAGGAAGAGCCACAGGAGGAAGAGAGUGACCCAAGUACCUAUGCAGAUAUGGACUUGGGAUUUAGAGCUUUUACUGGAUCUGGAAAUCGAUUGGAUGGCAAAACAAAAGGAAUUGAACCCAGUCCUGCACCUCUGGCACCAAGCGACAUCAAACGAGGUAUCCCUAACUAUGACUUCAAAGUUGGACGGAUCACAUUUAUUAGAAACUCAAGACCAGUGCCCAAGAAAGUCAUAGAUGAUGACGAUGCUAUGAACAGAUUCAUUGCCUUUUCUGGAGAAGGACAGUCACUGCGCAAGAAAGGCAGAAAGCCUUGAAGUACUCCAGUGAAGUUAUUUAACCCAAACGGCAAAAAAAAAAAAGUUAUUCCCUUUUCCUUUUGAAGUGUGUGUUAUUUCAUUGCACCAGAUUGCAACAUUACCGUUUAAUAUUAUUAUAUUAUUAUACCUUGUUUCCACUUUUUCAGUUUCAUUCCCCAAGAAAAUACAAACAGUAAAGCAGGUUUAAGUUAAACAUAUUUGGAUUAAAUUAAUGUAAAUAAUGUUACAGGAUUUUGGUUGAUGGAAUAAUAAAUUGUGUUUUUAAAAUGCGUUGCCUUUAAUUGGGGCAAACAUGAACAUAAAGUACUGUGCAGAAGUUAUAGGCAGGUGUGAAAAAAUGCUGUAAAUUAGGAAUACCCUAAAAAAUGGAAGUGUUAAUCAUUUAUUUUCAUCAAUAAAAAAAAUGCAGUCAGUGAACAAAAGAGAAAGUAAUGUUUGGUGUGACCACCUUUUGCCUUCAAAAGAGCAUCAGUUCUAGGUAUAUUUGCAUACAGUUUUUGCAGGAACUGGGCUGGUAGGUUUUUCCAAACAUCUUGAAGAACUAACCAUAGAUCUUCUGUGGAUGUAUGUGGGCUUCCUGACAUCCUUAUGUCUCUUCAUGUAAUCCCAGACACGCACGAUGAUGUUGAGGUCAGGGUUCUGUGGGGGCCAUACCAUCACUUCCAGAACAACAACUUUACGCUGAAGAUAGUUCUUAAUGUCACUGGUUGUAUGUUUGGGGUUGUUGUCCUGCUGCAGAAUAAAUUUGGGGCCAUUCAUAUGCCUCCCUGAUGGUA